AUGGCGAACAAGGCGGAUGAAUGGGCUUCAGAUCAAGAGAGCUCCGAAAGUGAGCUCUCUUCGGAUGCCGGGUCUGACAAUUUGCCCUCAGCCAAGAAGACUGUUGCAAUUUUCGACAAAGAUUCCGACGAAGAAGAGCUUGAGCGACUGGUACUGGGAAACAAGGCUGGGUUUCGAGAAAACCUCUUCAAGAACGGCAUUCUCGACGACGAAAAUGAUGCGGACACAGAUUUUCAGAUGGGCGACGCUGGUGCGGGCGGUCUAGAAGACGUAGACGACGCGGACCUGUUCGUGCUGGAUACUGGCGCAAGCGGUGCGUCCAAGUCGUUGGUAACUGCACCAAAGGCGGAACAGGGCGACGCACCGGCAUGGGAAGACAGCGAUGACGAUAGAUUGGUUGUUUCUUUGGCUGGAACCAACAGGUUACGAAAGCUGCGGAUGACCGAGGCAGACGACCUUGUCACCGGCUCGGAAUACUCCAGACGACUGCGCCAACAAUUCUUGCGGCUAAACCCUGCGCCAGCGUGGUCAAAGCAGACGGACGGGCGACCAUCUAAGAGGCGGCGACGCUCUUCGGCAGCUUCACGCUCGUCGAGUGACUCAGACGGCGACUCGGACUCAGACGUUUCUGCACAGCCUUUGGAGGAAUUCUUGCGAGACGUCAAACAAUUGGCGGGAUUGGGAAGCUCGAAGAAGCGCAGGCUCCGGCCAGAAGUUAUCGACAUUCAAAGAACAAGAGACAUUUCUGACAAACACAAAUCAUCAGUCGAAUGCCUGUCGUUCCACCCGGAAUAUCCCGUCCUCUUAUCUGCCAGCACAGCAUCCAUCUUAUACCUGCACCAUAUCGCGCCGGAAGCUCAGCCCACACCAAACCCUCAACUCACAUCAGUCCAAGCUAAGCAAGUGGACGUGCGAAGAGCCGAGUUCCUGUACCCGCAAGGAGACAAGAUCUUCUUUGGUGGUCGCAGAAAAUACUUUCACCACUGGGACCUCCCGUCUGGCAUUGUCCAAAAGACGACGCAAAUCACUGGCCACCGCUUGGAGCACAAGACCAUGGAGCGCUUCAAGCUUAGUCCGUGCGGCAGAUACAUGGCCAUUAUCGCAUCGACAAGAAAAGGGGGCGGUAUCAUCAACAUUCUCAGCGUAGCAUCUAUGCAAUGGAUAGCAGCGGCGAGACUUUCCAGUCGCCACGGCAUUGCGGACUUUGCAUGGUGGAGCACAGGCAAUGGCAUGACGAUUCUCGGCCGAGACGGUCAAGUUGGCGAAUACAGCAUGGAUACGAAAUCCUUCGUCGGGCUUUGGUACGACGACGGUUGCGUGGGCGGCAUUGUCAUCGGUCUUGGUGGCCAUGGCGGUCCUGCCGCCCUGGGAGAGGACCGGUGGGUAGCCGUCGGUUCCAACAGCGGCAUCACAAACAUCUACGACAGAAGCGUGCUUAUUGCGUCGCAAACGGGUGACGAACUCGUCGUCAAGGAACGGCCAACACCAACCAGAACCUUUGAGCAGCUCAUCACGCCUGUUACUGUGUUGACAUUCUCCCCAGACGGCCAGCUGCUUGCUUUUGGCAGUCGAGAGAAGAAGGAUGCGUUGAGGCUAGUGCAUCUGCCGAGCUGCACGAUAUAUCGAAAUUGGCCAACCGAGCAGACGCCGCUGGGGCGUAUAACCUGCGUGGCGUUUGGAAGGGAGAGCGAUUUGUUGGCUGUGGGCAAUGACUCUGGAAAGAUUAGACUAUGGCAUAUUAGGAGUUAG